AUGGAAGACCCCAAGCCAGACACAGACACAGUCCAAUCGCCGACGACCGACUCGGCAGUAGCCCGACUGGACGAAGCCUCCUACCAGGACGGAAUCCAGGAACGCCAGGCCAUUCUAGAUGCACAAGCGGCCGAAGGCUCCAAGGACGAGUCGGUCUGGCAGGCAGAGAACGAAGAGCUACUGAACGAAUUCAAGGAAGGCACAGAGGAGCUCGAACUAUCGCAUUCGCGGAUCAGAACCCUCCGAGGAUUCGAGCGACAUCUGCGCCGAUUGGCACCCUCUUUGAAGCGGAUCAACCUGCGCCAGAACCUAAUCAACCAGCUCAGGUUCAGCCCCAAGAUCGAUGGCAAAGCAUCCGGCUCCAUCCCGCUCGACGCUAAAGACUCUGAACCCGAACACCCCCCUGAACACUGUGACCAUCAAGACUUAGACGUAGUAGAGGUGAUUGCACCCUUUGAACAUUUGCAAGCCUUGGAGGAACUGGAUCUGUACGACAACCAGAUCGGGAAGAUCGAGGGUCUCGAUAGCCUCCAAAACCUGAAAACCUUGGAUUUCAGCUUCAACCUGAUCAGGCGGAUCGAAAACCUUGACCCGUUGCGCUCAUUGUCGACCCUCUACCUCAUCCAAAAUAAGAUUUCUCAGAUUGAGGCGCUCGAUCAUCUUUCGGACACGCUCACCAGCUUGGAACUUGGAAGUAACCGGAUUCGACACAUCGCCAACUUGGCUUGUCUGACCAACCUGACUGAGCUGUGGCUAGGGCGGAACAAGAUCUCCAAACUCGAAGGAUUAGAUGCUCUCGUCAACCUGCGAAGUCUAUCGAUCCAAUCGAACCGGAUUGUUAAACUCGAAGGCUUAGAGAAUCUCGUCAAAUUGGAAGAGUUAUACAUCAGCCACAACGGCCUGACAUCGAUAGGAGAAGGCCUUUCCACAAAUAAAAAACUGAGGGUCUUGGACAUCGGCGCGAAUGAGAUUAACGACAUGAAGGGGAUCGAGGGUCUCAGCCACUUGGAAGAACUAUGGGCCAACAACAAUAAGAUGACGGUGGCCGGUUGGAGUGCCAUCGAAGGGGCUUUGUGCCAAACCGCAAUGCCAAAUCUCCAGACUGUUUAUCUCGAAGGAAACCCCCUCCAGCUUGAAAUGGGCGCUAACUAUCGCAGGAAAAUCAUGCUUGCUUGUCCUCAGCUUAUCCAAAUCGACGCCACAUUUGUCAAAACUCAAUAG